GGGGGGGGGGGGUGCAAGGGAGCGUCCCAGGGUGGCUCCGUCGUGCAGUUGUUAACUUCUCCGGCCUUGGCUUUGAGUUUACACGAUGCUCGAUAGUUCGGGCCAAUGUCCACACGAGCAAGCCCCUCGCGACACGUCAAAUAUUUAUUUCUAGACUCAUCCCACCCCACGCCGGCUUGCUGAUACUGGAACAAGCCCAUUAGCUCACGGAAACCUUCCCGUCCUCCUUCUGGUCUCUCUUCUUUCUCUGUCUCCUAUAAAUACAACACCGGCCUCUACCCGUCUCUCUCCUCACCCACCACACCAGCCCAUCAUGACCGUCUCCAACGGAAGCAGUGGCGCUCGCCGCCCCCUCCCCGUCGGCAUCUACGCCCCCACCAUGACCUUCUUCGACCCCGAGACGGAGGAUCUCGACAUCCCUACCAUCAAGAAGCACGCCGAGCGUCUGGCAAAGGCUGGUCUCGCCGGUCUGGUCGUCAUGGGCUCCAACGGAGAGGCUGCCCACUGCACACGCGAGGAGAAGCUGGCCGUGACCAAGGCCACCCGUGAGGCUCUCGACGCCGCCGGUUUCCAGAGCACUCCCAUCAUCCUCGGUGCCACCGAGGGCAGUGUCCGUGGCACCAUUGAGCUCUCCAAGGCCGCCCUCGAGGUCGGCGCCGACUACUCUCUUAUCCUGCCCCCCUCCUACUUCCGCGCCCAGAUGGACGAGCAGGCCAUCCACGACUACUUCAUCGCCGUCGCCGACCAGAGCCCCAUCCCCCUCGUCCUCUACAACUACCCCGGCGCCGUCUCCGGCAUCGACAUGGACAGUGACCUGCUCAUCAAGCUGGCCGCGCACCCCAACAUCGUCGGCACGAAGUUCACCUGUGGCAACACGGGCAAGCUCACCCGCGUGGCCCUCGCCGUCGACGCAAAGACACCUUGGUCAGAAGGCUCCGGCUACAUGGCCUUUGGCGGCAUAUGCGACUUCACGGCCCAGACCCUCGCCAGCGGCGGCAGCGGCAUCAUCGCGGGCGGCGCCAACGUCAUGCCCAAGGUCUGCGUCAAGGUGUGGAACCUCUACUCGGAGGGCAAGAGGGACGAGGCCAUUGAGCUCCAGAAGAAGCUCAGCCGCGGCGACUGGUUCCUGACAAAGGCCGCCAUCGCCGGCACCAAGGGCGCCAUCCAGAGCUACUACGGCUACGGAGGCUUCCCCAGACGGCCUCUGAGACGUCUGGAGAAGGCGCGUACCUCUUCUAUUGAGGAGGGCAUCAAGGAGGUCAUGGAUAUUGAGAACUCUCUCUAAUUGGGUAGUGCUUUCCUCGUUCUCAUGAUUUCAUGAGAGAAAAAAAUGACCUAGGCGUGCGGGCAACUUUUUUGUGCCCGGCGUGGCGGAUGGUGGGGUAAAACGUCCCUCCCACCGAUCACGGCCGUGGGGGUGUGUUUCCCGGGCUAGGUCUCGGAAGAAUGUCCGGGGUGAUGAUGUACCGAGCUCUUUGGUAUCCCCCACCUCUCACCAAGGCACUUAGACAUAACUCGGACUAUGUGUCCUCACCCCCCCCCCCAAAAAAAAAGACAAACUGGGUUGGC